UAAUGAUUUAAUAAUCUGGCAUCUCAUUUUAAAGUCGCCAAACAUAAUUAAAGGAUCAAAUUAAUAUGCUUGAAUAGAGAGCAUAAGAAAUCAAUCAAGACAUAAAAAAAGUAUAAUUAAAUUCCAUAAUUAGAAAAGAAAAACUCAAGGAGGCCAAGACAGAUAAAUCAAAUUAAAAACUCUUCAAAAUCAAAUUGAUAAAAUGAAAUAAUUAAAUGAAGAUUUAAUGCAUUUAGUAAUAGAUGUAAAAUGCUUCUAAUUCUCAUUUAGGAUAAGAAAUGGUAAAAAUUGAUGAUGCUUUUGGAUAUCAUGUAUUAAAAUUUAGAUAAUCCAGAGCAUGAAUAAGAUAUUAAUCAAGUAUAUUUAAUAUCAAUCAUUUAGUUGAUAAAUCAAUUAUAUUAAACUAAAAUGGUACCAACUGUUUGGAAUGAUAAAAUCUUAUAACCAAAUAGAUUAACAAUUGAGCCUUUUGAUCAAAAAGCUGCAACUUAACAAGCUUAAUUAGUAGAUUAAAAUUCAGCUGCUUAUAAAAUUAAAAUGAUGGACUUUAGUUAUAAUGAUAGGCCAUAAAAAAAUGAUUAUUAUUAGCCUCCUACAUUUAAAGAAAAAUUGAAUCUAAAUAGUUUGUUACCUAAAUACAAAAUGCUACCAAAUUCAGUAUUCAGUUAAUUAAGUAGUGAUACAUUAUUCUAUGUAUUUUAUUAUCAUAAAGAACCUACUGAAUAAUUGAUGGCAGCAAGAGAAUUAAUAAAAAAUUAAUGGUUAUACAAUACUAAACAUGGAUUAUGGAUGAAGAAAGAUAAACAUUACUAAUAUGUAAUUUUAAAUUAUAUGAAUUAGAAAGAUGAAGAAAAUGAAAAAGUUAUUAAAGGACCUUUCUUUUAUUUUGAAAAUGAAGGUAAAUGGUAACAAAAAAAAAAAUAAGACUUUUCAUUUAAGAAAAAACAUCUAAUACAAUAUGAAAUAAUUUAAUGA